AUCAUGGCCAACCGUCCCAGGACAGCCUCCACCAGGAACGAGGAGGAGAUGAUGGCGUCCGCCCGCAGGAAGCUGACGCAGACCACAGACCCCGUGGAGAAGCUGCGGCUCCUGUGCCUGAGUCGAGGAACCGCGGGAGUCAUGGGGUUGGGCAGAGUUUUUCGACGAAUGGACGACGACGGAUCCCACAGCCUCAACCUCGAGGAAUUCUCCAAGGGCAUAAGGGAAACCGGCCUCAAGCUUUCCGAAGAGGACACCGAGAAACUCUUCAACGCUUUCGACAAGGACGGGGAAGGAACCGUCAACUAUGAUGAGUUCCUUGUAAACAUCCGGCCCAAGAUGAACGACACGCGGCGGAAGCUAGUCGACAUGGCAUUCGAUAAGCUGGAUAAGACAGGCGACGGCAUCGUCACCUUGGAGGACCUCAAGGGAGUGUACUCGGUGACCAAGCACCCGAAGUUCCAGUCGGGAGAGAUGGACGAGGAGCAGAUUCUCGCUACGAUUCUCAAGAAGUUCGAGAAUAAUACGUCCGUCGAUGGAAAGCUCACUAGGGAAGAAUUCUAUGACUACUACUCCGGCGUGAGUGCGUCCGUAGAUCAAGACGCCUACUUCGAUCUCAUGAUGCGCAAUGCCUGGGGAAUCAAAUAAAUCAGUAGCGCUAGGAGUAAUGCAAUUGCACCUGCCGAUUGAAUGCUGUUUGGAGUUUUGUUUACCUAAUGUUUUUGUUUAACGUUCUGAUCCUAGUCUAUUGAUGAUUUUCUGUCUAGUCUAAUCAAGAUUUCGUCUUUGAUUCGGUUUUGUUUGGAGUAGUGUGUAAUGUAGGAGAUUGUCACAAUUUUUUGUGUUCUUUAAUUAGGAAAGUUUAUAUUGGUUUCCUUUUUGAUUAUUUGUUUAUACAUUAUCAAUGAAUAUGUGAAUUUGCAUAUGUUUAGGUGUACUUAUUCUAAAAUAACUACAGAUCUGAAUAUAGAUUAUAGGAAGUGAUUAUGCUAUUUCCCUUUCUUCGUAACUUUUGCCAGAUUCAUAAAUAAAUAAUGUCCUGAAAAUGCCGUUGUUAUGAAUAUGUAUAAAUAUGAAAAUAUUUGAUUACUUUUAAUGAGAAUUAUUAAUGCUGUAUUAUAUGUCACCCAUUUGUUUACUUAAGAAAAAAGUAAGGAUUAUUCAACUUUUUAGAAAACGCAUCAAUUUUCUUUUACCUACAAUAUUACGAAUGUCUUUAUUUGAUAGCAUUUAAUAAUACAUAUUCAAUAAUAAUGAAACAACACUUUUUCUUUUCUGGUGGAUAUUUUGCUAUGGUAUGCAGAUGUAAUCUAACCAGGUGCUACUCCAUCCUGCCAUAGUUAAUGAUUUCAAUAUUCACGCUUUUUGUGUUGGUGACUUAUCCAAUUAAUUAACUCUAUUAUGGAAUGAAUUUGAGGCAAUUGUGACUAACACCUUCAUAGGGUAAACAACUUUAAUGACUUUGUACAACUUAUGCAUGGAGAGUUAAGGACUUCUAUAUAUCCGUAAUUUUGUAUGUAUAUAUGUAUGUCUGUGUACGUGCAGAUGUAUAGCCAUAUAUAUUGCCUAUGCAGACAUCCAUAUGCAUAUAUUUCCAGUAAGAAGCAUUUAACUAUUUUAUCAGUAAGUUCUUGAAUAAUAACAAGGAAAUGUCAGUAUAGAAUUAUUCAUUAUUGCAUUUAGAUAUUUCAUCAGUAUUUUCUUAAAUGACAAAAGCAAUUGACAUAUGAUUAGGCUUCAAAUAUUUGUAUGUUCUUGAUGUGUUUAUUUUAAGCAUAAAAGUAUUUGCUGAUUGCCUUAUCUAGGAACAAAUUGUUUUGUCCUUUAUAUUGCUAUAGAACUUCGAUGUAAUCAUCAGUGAAGGAGGUGGCUUCCAUUUGCCUUUUAAAUCAUACGCAUGCUUCCUAUGUAGAUUGUAAUGGUUCGAGAUGCAGCCAAAGAUCCCUUUUUCAUCAGAGUUUUGAGUACAGCAGUCGUCUCCAGUUGAUCCAUUACUAUCUAGUGUAUGUAAUGAUCAUUCAUAAGCUCAUGUGUUUGUUUGCAUAUUAUCAUCUGACAUUGUACAGCUUUGAUCAGGUUGCCAUAUGAAAUUAAUUAUACAUUGUCUUAACAUGCAGUUAUUCAUUCCUCAUGUGAAAGCUUUUACAUCAUACAAAUACAAUUCCACUGGAAAUGUAUAGUCUACUAAAGAUUUCUUGCACAAAUUGCCUAUUAAAGACAAUUGAAGGUA